CAGACUGCAGGACGGACGCUGUUCCACACGCUCCUCAGCGAAGCUAGCCAACAGAACGAGUUUCAAGCUGCACAAGAGAGCACCAGGAGUAACGAAAUGCCGGUGACAGAGAAAGAUUUGGCGGACGACGCGCCAUGGAAGAAAAUCCAGCAAAACACCUUUACGCGCUGGUGCAACGAGCACCUGAAGUGCGUGAAUAAGCGGAUAGCUGACCUGCAGUGUGACCUGAGCGACGGCUUGAGGCUUAUCGCCUUGCUGGAGGUCCUUAGCCAGAAGAAGAUGUACAGAAAGUACCACCAGAGACCAACCUUCAGGCAGAUGAAGUUGGAGAACGUCUCGGUAGCGCUCGAGUUCUUGGACCGAGAAAAUAUCCGGCUGGUGUCCAUAGACAGCAAAGCCAUAGUGGAUGGGAACCUGAAGCUGAUCCUGGGCCUGGUGUGGACCCUCAUCCUGCACUACUCCAUCUCCAUGCCCGUGUGGGAGGAUGAGGACGACGACGAGGCCAAGAAGCAGACGCCCAAGCAGAGGCUCCUGGGGUGGAUCCAGAACAAGGUGCCAGACCUGCCUAUCACCAACUUCAGUCAGGACUGGCGGGAUGGCAAGGCCCUGGGCGCUCUGGUGGACAGCUGUGCUCCAGGCCUGUGUCCGGACUGGGAGACCUGGGACACGGUGAAGCCUGUGGAAAACGCCAGUGAGGCCAUGCAGCUGGCUGAUGAUUGGCUGGGCAUCCCUCAGGUCAUCGCUCCAGAGGAGAUCAUUGACCCCAGUGUGGACGAGCAGUCUGUGAUGACCUACCUGUCCCAGUUCCCCAAGGCCAAACUGAAACCCGGGGCACCCCUCAAGCCCAAACUCAACCCCAAGAAAGCCAGGGCCUAUGGUCCAGGGAUUGAACCUGUUGGGAACAGGGUGCUGCGGCCCGCGGUGUUCACCGUCGACGCCUUCAGCGCUGGCCAGGGUCAGGUGACCGUGUACGUCGAGGACCCUGAGGGCACCAGAGAGGAGGUGAAAGCUGUUCCAAAUGAAGGCAAAAAGACCUACAGUGUGACCUAUGUACCUAAAGUAAUGGGCCCUCACAAGGUGACGGUGCUGUUUGCUGGACAGGAGAUUCCAAAGAGCCCCUUUGAGGUGAAUGUGGACAAAGCCCAGGGUGACCCCACAAAGGUCACUGCCAAGGGCCCGGGUCUGGAACCCCUUGGCAACAUCGCCAACAAACCCACCUACUUCGACAUUUACACUGCAGGGGCUGGUGUGGGUGACGUGACCGCGGUCAUCAAGGACCCCCAAGGCAACAAGAACACAGUGGAGGUCAUGAUGGAGGAUAAGGGAGACAGUGUGUUCCGUUGCACCUACAAACCCGUCCAGGCUGGCCCUCACACCAUUACCAUCACCUUUGGGGGCAUCUCCAUCCCCAAGAGCCCCUACAGUGUCAGCAUUGCCCCAGCCUCAAACCCUAAUGCCUGCCGAGCCAGCGGCCGUGGGCUGCAGCCGAGGGGCGUGAGGGUGCGGCAGGUGGCCGACUUCAAGGUGGACACCCGUAACGCUGGGAGCGGAGACCUGAAGGUCACAGCCAAGGGGCCCAAGGGCCUGGACGAGCCCAUCAAGCAGAAGGACGCCCUGGACGGGGUGUAUGCCUAUGAGUAUUAUCCCCACAUGCCGGGCAAGUACACGGUGGCCAUCACAUGGGGUGGUCAGCACAUUCCCAAGAGUCCGUUUGAAGUCCAGGUGAGCCCGGAGGCUGGACCUCAGAAGAUUCGAGCAUAUGGCCCUGGUCUGGAGGGGGGCAUGGUGGGCAAUUCAGCUGAUUUUGUGGUGGAGUCUGUGGGCACCGAUGUCGGAGUGCUGGGCUUUGCGAUCGAGGGCCCGUCUCAGGCGAAGAUUGAGUGUGAGGACCAGAACGACGGCUCAUGUGACGUGAAGUACUGGCCCACGGAACCUGGCGAGUACGCCGUGCAUGUCAUGUGUGAUGACGAGGACAUUGAGGAAAGUCCCUUCAUGGCAUAUGUCGUCCCCGACAACAACACCUGCAGCCCCAACAAGGUUAAAGCCUAUGGGCCAGGUCUGGAGAAGACUGGCUGCAUUGUUAACAAGCCUGCAGAGUUCACUGUGGAUGCUAAAGAAGGUGGAAAAGCACCCUUGAAAAUCUUUGCGCAGACUGCUGAAGGAAUCCCCAUUGACGUAAAGGUGAAGAACAAGGGGGACGGCACCUACGCUUGCUCCUACACCCCCACCACUCCAGUCAAACACACUGUGGCUGUGGCCUGGGGAGGCGUCAACGUGCCCACCAGCCCCUUCAGGGUGAACAUCGGGAAAGGAAGUCACCCCCACAAGGUGAAGGUGUUUGGCCCAGGUGUGGAAAGGACAGGGCUGAAGGCCAAUGAACCCACGCACUUCACCGUGGACUGCACCGAUGCAGGGGAGGGGGAUGUCAGUGUGGGAAUCAAGUGCGACGCCAACGUCAUCAGCGACAGAGAUGAGGACAUCGACUUUGACAUCAUCCCCAAUGCCAAUGACACCUUCACUGUCAAGUACACACCCCCCGGUGCUGGGCGCUACACCAUCAAAGCAAUGUUUGCUGGACAAGAGCUCCCCACCAGCCCUUUCCGUGUGAAGGUAGAUCCCUCUCACGACGCCUCAAAGGUGAAAGCUGAUGGUCCUGGAAUUGCCCGUGCAGGUGUGGAGAGUGGCAAGCCCACACAUUUCACCGUCUUCACCAAGGGGGCUGGCAAAGCCCCGCUGGACGUGCAGUUCACUGGACCUGGCAAGGGAGAGCCUGUCCGAGACUUUGAGAUCAUUGACAACUAUGACUACUCCCACACUGUCAAGUACACUCCGGUCCAGCAGGGUGACAUGGCGGUUGCGGUGACCUUUGGGGGUGAUCCAAUUCCCAAAAGUCCCUUUGCUGUGGGAGUAGCCGCCCCUCUGGACCUCAGCAAGAUUCAAGUCGACGGCUUGGAGAACAGAGUGGAGGUGGGCCAGGACCAGGAGUUUGCCAUUGGUACCAAAGGGGCAGGUGGACAGGGCAAGCUGGAGGUCAGGAUCACUAGCCCCACCAACAAAGCGGUGCCUUGCGUGGUGGAGCCGCAGGCCAAGAAGGACUGCAGCCUGGUCAAAUACAUCCCCAAAGAGGAGGGCUUCUACUCUGUGGAUGUCAGCUACGACGGCAACCCCAUACCCGGCAGCCCCUUCCCCGUGGAGGCUUCGCUGCCUCCAGACCCCAGCAAGGUGAAAGCCUAUGGCCCUGGACUGAAGGGGGGGCUGGUGGGUAACCCAGCAGAGUUCACCAUAGACACAAAGGGCGCGGGCACCGGCGGGCUGGGCCUGACCGUGGAGGGUCCCACCGAGGCCAAGAUUGAGUGCUCAGACAACGGGGACGGCACCUGCUCCGUCUCCUACCUGCCCACCGAGCCCGGCGAGUACCUGGUCAACAUCCUCUUCGAGGAAGUGCACAUCCCCGGCUCACCCUUCCACGCCGACGUGCAGAUGCCCUUUGACCCCUCCAAGGUGGUGGCGUCUGGGCCGGGGCUGAAGCGCGGAAAAGUGGGAGAGCCGGGAGUGGUGAACGUGGACUGUGCCCGGGCGGGGCCCGGCCAGCUGGCCAUGGAGGCGGUGUCCGACUUGGGCUCCAAGGCCAAGACUGAGGUGCAGGACAACAAGGACGGCACCUACACUGUCACCUAUGUGCCCCUCACUGCUGGCAUGUACACCCUCAUGCUGAAAUACGGGGGAAAGCCUGUCCCCAGCUUCCCCGCCAGUGUCGUCGUGGACCCAGCUGUUGACACCAGCAAGGUGAAGGUGUACGGGCCUGGAGUGGAAGGAACAGGAGUUUUCCGGGAAGCCACCACAGACUUCACGGUGGAUGCUCGCUCUCUGAGCAAAGUGGGCGGCAACCACAUAAAGGCCCAGGUCAAGAACCCGUCGGGGGCCACCACUGACUGCCAGAUCACAGACAAGGGAGACGGGACCUACAACAUUGAGUACACGCCCUUCGAGAACGGCAUUCACAAUGUGGAAGUGCUGUACGAUGAGACCCCUGUGCCAAAGAGCCCGUUUCAGGUGGGGGUGACGGAGGGUUGUGACCCAACUCGAGUGGUGGCCAAGGGCCCGGGGCUUCAGGAGGCCCUGACAGAGCAGCCCAACAACUUCUCCAUCAUCACCAGAGGAGCUGGUAUUGGUGGCUUGGGCAUCACUGUGGAGGGUCCGUCCGAGUCUAAGAUGUCCUGCAAAGACAACAAGGACGGCAGCUGCAACGUGGAGUACACCCCGUAUGUCCCUGGACUGUAUGAUGUCAACAUUACCUACGGAGGGAAGCACAUUCCAGGAAGCCCCUUCAAGGUGCCAGUGAAGGACGUCGUGGACCCCAGCAAGGUGAAGAUCUCUGGGCCAGGAGUGGGCUCAGGGGUCCGGGCCAAGAUCCCUCAGACCUUCACGGUGGACUGCAGCAAGGCAGGCGUGGCACCCCUGUCUGUGGCGGUGAUGGCACCCAAAGGUGUGGCAGAGCCAGUGGAGGUGGCAGACAAUGGGGACGGGACACACACCGUGGCCUACACCCCAUCUGUGGAAGGGCCUUACUCUGUGGUGGUCAAGUACGCCGACCAAGACGUGCCUCGCAGCCCCUUCAAGUUCCGGGUACUGCCCACUCAUGACGCCAGCAAGGUGCGAGCCAGCGGACCCGGGCUGACCACCGGCCUGCCGGCCAGUUUGCCCGUGGAGUUCACCAUAGACGCAAAGGAUGCUGGGGAGGGACAGCUGUCCGUGCAGAUCACAGACCAGGAAGGGAAACCAAAGAAAGCCAGCAUCCAUGACAACCAGGACGGCACCUACCGAGUGUCCUACGUUCCGGACAAGGUGGGCCGCUACACCAUCGUCAUCAAGUAUGGUGGAGAUGAGAUCCCCACUUCACCGUACCGAGUGCGGGCCACCACGACGGGAGACGCCAGCAAGUGCAUCGUCACAGGUCCAGGUCUUGGUCCCACCAUUGCCAUUGGAGAGGAGGUGGGCUUCGUGGUGAAUGCGCAGGGCGCUGGGAAGGGGAAGGUAUCAUGCGUCGUGGUCACGCCAGACGGGACAGAGGUGGAGGCGGAAGUCAUUGAGAACGAAGAUGGGACCUUUGACAUCUUUUACACGGCUCCGAAGCCAGGGACCUACGUCAUUUAUGUGCGCUUUGGUGGAGAGAACGUUCCUCGGAGUCCCUUCAAAGUCAUGGCCACUGACGAGGCCCCCCUGGUACAGCAGCAGUCAGUCCAGCAGCAGCAGCAGGCCGCUCCUGGAGCCUGCCCCCCUGGCUUCCAGCCCUGGGUGACAGACGGAUCGUACAUUCCUGUCAACAGCAUGAACGGGACUGGUUUCAGGCCCUUCGACAUGGUCAUCCCUUUCGCCUUAAGGAAGGGAGAAAUCACAGGUGAGGUGCACAUGCCGUCUGGGAAGACAGCCCAGCCAGAGAUCAUGGACAACAAAGACGGGACGGUGACGGUGAAGUACGCCCCUACCGAGGCAGGGCUUCAUGAGAUGCACAUCAAGUACAAUGGCACCCACAUUCCAGAGAGCCCACUGCAGUUCUACGUGAACAAUGCCAACAGCCCCAACGUCACGGCCUACGGCCCCGGCCUGGUGUACGGCAUCGCCAACAAGACGGCCACCUUCACCAUCUUCACCGAGGACGCCACAGAGGGUGGACUGGACCUGGCAAUCGAGGGUCCCUCCAAGGCAGAGAUAAGCUGCGUAGACAACAAGGAUGGCACCUGCACUGUAACCUACCUGCCCACGCUGCCCGGCGACUACAACAUUCUGGUGCGCUACAACGACAAGCACAUCGCCGGCAGCCCCUUCACUGCCAGGAUCACAGAGGACAACAGGAGGAAGUCCCAGGUGAAGCUGGGCUCUGCAGCAGACUUCGCUCUGGACAUUACCGAGACUGACCUCAGCCUGCUCACAGCCAGCAUCAAGUCCCCCUCGGGCCGUGACGAGCCCUGCCUGCUGAAGAGGCAGCCCAACAACCACAUCGGCAUUUCCUUCAUUCCCAGAGAGGUGGGAGAGCACCUGGUCAGUAUCAAGAAGAACGGCCGCCAUGUGGCCAACAGCCCCAUCACCAUCAUGGUGGUGCAGUCUGAGAUCGGGGAUGCCAGCAAGGUGAAGGCCUACGGGCCGGGCCUGGAGGAGGGCCACACCUUCGAGAUGUCUGACUUUGUGGUGGACACACGGGAGGCAGGCUAUGGAGGUCUGGCUCUGUCCAUUGAGGGGCCCAGUAAGGUGGACAUUCAGACGGAGGAUCUGGAGGAUGGAACCUGUGGGGUGUCCUACUGCCCCACGGAACCUGGCGCCUACAUUGUCUCCAUCAGGUUUGCUGAGGAACAUGUGCCAGGGAGCCCGUUCACCGUCAAAGUGACCGGAGAGGGACGCAUCCGCGAAAGCAUCACUCGCCGGCAGCGGGCAGCGUCCAUUGCCACCGUCGGAAGCGUCUGCGACCUCAACCUCAAGAUCCCAGAAAUCGACAUCCAUGACGUGUCCGCCCAGGUCACCAGCCCCUCCGGGACCACCGAGGAAGCCGAGAUUGUGGCUGCAGGAAACAACACCUACUGCGUCCGCUUUGUGCCCCAUGAGAUGGGCGUGCACACGGUCAGCGUCAAGUACCGCGGGCAGCACGUCCCCGGGAGCCCCUUCCAGUUCACAGUGGGGCCGCUGGGAGAAGGAGGGGCCCAUAAAGUGCGAGCCGGUGGCCCUGGCUUAGAGAAGGCUGAGGCAGGAGUACCAGCUGAGUUCAAUAUCUGGACACGGGAGGCGGGUGCGGGAGGCCUGUCCAUCGCUGUGGAAGGGCCGAGCAGGGCAGAGAUCUCCUUUGAGGACAGGAAGGAUGGGUCCUGCGGUGUCUCCUACAUUGCCCAGGAGCCUGGUGACUACGAGGUGUCAGUCAAGUUCAACGACGAGCACAUCCCCGAGAGCCCCUUCCUGGUGCCCGUGUGCGCCCCCACGGACGACGCCCGCAGGCUCACUGUUACCAGUCUUCAGGAGUCAGGGCUCAAGGUGAACCACCCGGUCUCCUUCGCUGUGCGUCUGAAUGGUGCUCAGGGCAGCAUCGAUGCCAAAGUGCACAGCCCCUCUGGAGCCCUGGAAGAGUGUGUGGUGUCUGAGCUGGAGCAAGACAAGUACGCCAUCCGCUUUAUCCCCCGAGAGAACGGACUCCACUACAUUGACGUGAAGUUCAAUGGUACCCACAUCCCUGGCAGCCCCUUCCAGGUGCGGGUGGGAGAGCCAGGGCAGACGGGAGAGGCCGGGCUCAUCACUGCCUACGGAGCUGGCCUGGAGAGGGGGACAACAGGCAACCAGGCAGAGUUCACCAUUAACAACACCAAAGCUGGACCGGGAUCCCUGGCUGUCACCAUUGAAGGCCCCUCAAAGGUCAAGAUGGAGUGCCAGGAGUGCCCUGAGGGCUACAAGGUCCAGUACACCCCCAUGGCCCCGGGCAACUACCUGAUCAGCAUCAAAUACGGAGGACCCAACCACAUCACAGGGAGCCCCUUCAAGGCUAAAGUCACAGGCCCACGGCUGGUGAACGUAAGCAACGCCAGUGAGACGUCCACGCUGACGGUGGACCCUGUGACUAAGUCCACCAGCCCCAGCUCCUACAGUGCCCUGCCCCAGUUCUCCUCUGAUGCCACCAAGGUGGUCAGCAGAGGCCCAGGACUGAGCAAGGCCUAUGUGGGUCAAAAGAGCAGCUUCUCUGUAGACUGCAGCAAAGCUGGCAAGAACAUGCUCCUCGUGGGUGUGCAUGGUCCUAACACUCCCUGUGAAGAGGUGUCCGUCAAACACAUGGGCAACAGACAGUACAACGUCAACUACAUUGUCAAAGAGAGGGGCAGCUAUAUCCUAGCAGUCAAGUGGGGAGACGAGCACAUCCCUGGGUCUCCUUUCCACAUCACUGUCCCCUAGAGGUCGCCAUUGAGCCCUGGUAGAGACUGUCAGGUUAAGGGAGUGAAGGGGAGGAGGGAGUGGUCAUGCAUCAAAACCUUUGAGACUUCAUUAAGCCCAACACUAAUUAUGACCGAUUUGCACUUGAUCAUAAUUUAUGCAUGCAAAGUGAAGUCAUGUGAGUGAAUCCAUUCACUUGACAUGAAAGAUUAUAAUGCACAAAAUUGUAAAAUGCUCCUGUUUUUGCUGUUUGGCAAAUGUUGACAGGUUUUAAUUUUGUGGUCUACUUUGUCUGGCCCAGAGAAUGGAAGAAAACGGCACCUAACCCAUUUUUUGUUUUAUUGAAUAGACACUAAUGGUAAUUUAACUGGAAUGGAGUCUUCAAAAAAUUACGUAACUACUGAUGAAUGUCCUCUUUGUUUUGUAUGUUUCCAGAUCAUUCCUGUCCAAUCAUGCACACUGCACAAGUCUUAAGAUGCAAUAACAACGUUUACUAAUGCUCCACCUGACACUGCUGUUCAGUAGUAUUUAACUCCAGCAUGAUCUGGACUGUGAUGUUUACAUGUUUGUAUCAUAUUAAAAAAAAAAAGAUGACAAAUGCCCAGAAAUGGCAAAAGCAGAAGAGGUCUUGGAUAAAUCCCAGGAUUAGACGCUGAUAGAAGCUUUUCCUAACCCUUUGACGGUGCGAGUGCCUGUACUGUAGGUCAGCAGUGGGAGUGUCUGAUGACAUGGUUGUGGCAUUCCCGGGAGCACUGCUCUUUAAACAAUGCAAAAGUAUACAUCAUUUUUUUUACCCACCAUACAGUAUCGCCUAUCCUUCAGUGCGCUUACAGUAAAUAUGCAAAAAAAAAAAAAAAUUGAAAUAUGGUGGAGGAUGACAACUGGCAAAGUGGGCCAAAAUUCUGAUUUAUGCUCUGUUAUUGCUUCUCAGAUUCUAUUUAUAAAGUGUGAUUCCUGUAGUUUAGUUGUCAUUUAGUUCUUGAAAGAGAGUGGCAGAGGUGAACAGGUGAACUGCUGUCCCUAGUGUUAUGGUAUGUGCCUUUAACCUGUCUGCACAUUGCCCACAUACUUUAACACAUCUGUAAGUCCUGCCUAUGUGUGUUAGUACACACAUCUUCCUUUAAGUGAUUGGGUGAGGGCUGCUUCCUUUUGAUCUUGCUCUCUUCCUUACACAGUGAUUGGUGCCUCCAAGCCUACAACAUACAGUUCGGGAGAGAGAUGGAGGCUUUGUGAUUGGCUACUUUACUUGGAUGUUGUAUUUUAAAUCAAGAAGUCCCUGCUUACCAAAAAAUAUGCCAUUUAAGGAUUCACUCUUUUUGGGACUGGGGGAAAUUGCCAUCCAAAUAAUUUUAAAUGCUUAUAUUCUCAGCAAUAGCUUUUUGGAAAAAUGAAAUAUGUAUGUUUCCUUCUGGUUAUGAUGCUUGUCUAUUAUAUUACUUAAUGCUAGUUUUGAUACACAAGUAUUUUGUAAAAGAUUGUUUUAAAAGGAAGAAAAAACAGCAAAGCUCUUAUUUGCAUUUUGUAUUAGCCAGG